AGCCUCAAGCUCAGUUCUCACCUACAGUACUGAUCUGACAAGUUCCUCUCAGUUUCUCCUUCUAGCCAAGCUUUGUCAAUCGAUACUUUAUUUCGGCCCAUAAUGCGGAAAUCCAUCAUUGGAAUGAAGCACCGGUGAAUGUUUUAAUCAUGGCCACUACGGAGUGCACGAAGCCUGGGAGACAGUUCACCAAGACGAGCCCGGACCCACAGCACUCCGAGCCAUGGAAACGGCACAUCAUCCGGCAGCUGAAAUAUCGCGAUAAGGCGCAGAAGAUCGUCUUCCAAGAUGUGAUACGAUCAUAUGUCAAGCUGCUUGAACGCUGCGCGCAAAGUGCAGUAAUCACCCAAGGCCUCAUCUCCUCGCCAAGACUGUUUCCCUCAUCUGACGAUUUGUCAUCGCUGAAGACAGCCACGGGUGAGCUUGCUUACAAAGUACUGGAGCUGCAACAAGAGAUAAAAAUCAAGGACACUUUUCUUGAAAGGCAACAUACCAGGUUGCAUGACACUCAGAACAGCCUUAUGGUUGUGGAAUUAGAGAAAGGCAGACUGAAUUCUGAUGUGAAGAAGAUGACUGAUAACAACUUACUCCUCAAGAGUAAGUAUGACACUCUGCGUGAGCGCUAUCAGCACUUGGAUGAAGUGUACAGGAAUGAGAAACUCCAUGGCUCAGAUAUCCUGGAGGACAUGAUUCACUUCAAAGAACAGGCAGCUGCUCGGAUGAACCACCGCAACGAGAGGCGACUGAGAGCAAGGCAAGCUGGUCUUCAUAAGGAGCUUGAGGUGGCUGCCAGUGAAAGUUUGAACACUGAAAAAGUAUCCCAAAGUGUAUCAUUACCAUCAUCACCAUUACUACACAGGAAUGAAAGUGGAGAGGUUUUGGAACGUAGCCCUUUACGACCUUUCAGGUCAGCUUCAGUUACUUCUCCUCGGAUUCUUGGCUCAAUAAGAGGUUUAUUUGAGGGUGCAGUGCAAGACAUCAUGCAGAUAAAGGUCAAGAGCUUAAGAAAGAAGAGGCGAGGUAAUUCAGUUAGCAGUUUGGAAGAGGAUCGCUAUACUCCUUUAGUUUGCUUAGUAGCUAGAGUCCCAACCAAAGUCAUUCAUGCAGUGGAUGCUCAUGAGCUUGGAAUCAAUGCGGUGAGAUUCAGCCCGCAGUCAAAUCUGCUGGCCACUGGAGGCACAGAUAGGGUGAUCAAACUGUGGGACAUCAGUUCAGGCAUGCUGCACUACAGAGGGACACUAGAUGGGAGUAAUGAGGGCAUCACCAGCAUUGAGUUUGACUCUAUGGGCAGCCGAAUUUUAGCCGGAUCAUACGACAACUCAGCUCUAAUUUGGCGGUUGGAUGACUCUGUUCCAAAGUUUACGCUGACAGGCCAUUCUCGCAAAGUGACAGCAGCUAGGUUUAGGAGUAACCUAAGGCAGGUGGUCACUGGGAGUGGAGAUAGGACUGUAAAAAUCUGGGACCUGCAACGUGCUGCCUGUAUACAGACCAUUGAGGUAUUGUCCUACUGUAGUGACAUAGUGUGCUCAGACUAUUACAUAAUCAGUGGCCAUUUUGACCGAAAAAUACGCUUCUGGGACAGCAGGGCAGCGAGCUGCACUCAGGAAGUUCCCCUACAGGGGAGGGUGACAUCACUUGACAUCUCACCCAACCACAGAGAGUUACUAAGUUGCUCAAGAGAUGAGAGCCUGCAGCUGGUGGAUCUGAGAAUGAGCAAACCCAGAAUGGCCUUCCGGGCAGAAGGUUUCAAAUGUGGAAGUGACAGCACCAAGGCUAUCUUCAGUCCAGAUGGAAGUUACCUGGCAGCUGGCUCUGCAGAUGGUGGUGUGUACAUCUGGAACAUUAGCACAGGCAACCUGGAAACGUGCCUACUAGACAUGCAUAGAACCUCAGUUAAUGCAGUGGCUUGGUCAAUGUCAGGGGAGUAUAUGGUGAGUGUUGAUAAGAGCCGAUGUGCCAUUCUGUGGAGUGACAUCUGAAACUGGAUUUAAGUACUGUCUGCUGCUGAUUUACACACCAGAGUCAAUAACAUCCACACAUCCAAGCUCAGCCUGUGAGGAAAGGUGUGUUCUAUACACCAAAACUGUUCAAAAGAGCUUCAGUGUUUUCAGUGCUCAUAGAGGCAAAGCACCACAAGCACACUAAAUUUGUUUUGCUGUGGCUUUAUAAAGCAGUCAAGAUUGAUAAGACACCUUGAUUGUUUCCCCACAAAUUAUUGAAUUAAAGUGUGAAGCCAUGUGUUAGUUUAUUAGACAUUUAAAGUGUGCUCCUUAAAUAUGUAUUCACUAAAGCAUAUUGACUUACAGAUUUAAAGCCUGGUGACAAAAAGUCACAGAAACUAGGCAAGAAACUAAGUAGAUACUGUAGGUGAUGAUUGGUUUCAUUCUAAGUCAUGUUCAUAUUUCCAUCAUUAAUAUGUUCUGUUUGAGUACAUAGAAAUUAGCUAAUUAUAUUUCACAGUGUAAAAACAGAUUUGGUACAGUAUGUCUAUUUUGUAACGUAUAUGUUAGUAUUGUGCAGUAAAAAAAUACAUCAAUUUAGACCCUGUAUCAAUACCUGGUUUGUGUUUGAGUGCUUCCUCAACCACUCUGAGAGGUUGUUUGAUUGUCCUAACCACAUGCAUUUACAUUCUCAUUUUUUAAGAUAUCCAGUGAAAUGUAUAUAUUUGUUUAUAUUCUAAUUUUCAACCCAGUUGUACUGAAUGUUGUGGUUUAUAUACAGACUAUUAGAUAAAUAAAUUUCUUACCAUUUUUCUUACCAUUA